CCAAUCAGCUUGUGUGGUUCCAUAACACACAAUAUGAGCAGAUAGAUUGCAUGUUUGAUUAUUAUUACUUAUUACUGAUUAACAGAUGCAUGGUUAAAAAAUUUGAUAUGAAAAUAAAUGAGAUUGAAAACAUCUAUUUCCAGCAAAGACAAAUGGCCAUUAACAUUUUGUAUUCUGAGUGAUUCAAGUUAGAUAAUCUCACAAACUCAAUAACAUUUUGUGUGAUUUAUUAUGGUAGUUAAAAUUACUUAGUGGACAAAAUGGCAAAUUACAUAUCAAAUCGGUCAGUUAUAACUUGUUUACAUGGCUGUGCUGCUUCCAGUCAACCACUUGCUUCACAAAUUGGUAUUGAUAUAUUGAAGAAAGGUGGGAAUGCUGCAGAUGCAGCUGUUGCCAUGGCAGCAGCUCUGAAUGUAACAGAACCUUGCUCGACAGGAUUAGGAGGAGAUGCUUUCUGCCUUUUCUUUGACAAUAAAAAUCAGUCUGUGAAAGCGAUGAACGCCAGUGGAAGAUCACCCGAAAAUUUAACUUUAGACAUGUUGAACUCAAAGGGGUUUGAUAAAGAAACUGGAUUUCCAAAGAUUCAUGGACUUGCUGUUACUGUCCCUGGUGCAGCUGCAGGUUGGAUUGAUUGUGUGGAAAAGUUUGGCAGUGGAAAAUUAUCACCGAAGGAAAUAUUGAAUCCAGCCAUUGAUCUUGCGAGAAAUGGAUUUCCAGUAGCUGGUCCACACACUUCCUUCUCAUGGGGAAGAGGAGAAAAGACCUUACUGAAUUCCAAUAACAUUCACAGAGGAGAUAUGCUAAUAAGACAUCAGUCAAGUGAUGGUUCAACAACUUUUUCGGCUCCAAAACAUGGUGAAAUUUUCAAAAAUCCGAAUCUCGCUAGAGUCAUGGAGGAGUUGUCAGAAAAAGGAAAGAAAGGUUUCUAUGAGGGUUGGGUUGCAGAUGCAAUUGUUGCAGCAGUCAAGAAAUUUGAUGGAGUAAUGGAGAAAGAAGAUCUGCUUGCAAAUGAGUCAAGUUUUGAAAGCCCUCUAUCAAUAGCCUACAAGGACAUCACUCUUUGGGAAACUGCCCCAAAUAGUCAAGGCAUUGUUGCUCUCAUAACGCUUAACAUUUUGAAAAAUUUUGAUCUGAAGCAACACAAACCAGAUUCACCUGAAUAUCUUCACAUCCUUAUCGAAGCCCUGAAACUUGGAUUUGCAGAUGGAGUGGCAUAUGUUGCUGAUCCCUCAAAAAGCCAAGUUCCCAUUGAAGGUCUACUCAGUAAAGAGUAUGGAAAAGAAAGAGCAAAAUUGAUCAAAGAGAAUUGUGUGAUCAAAAUGCCUAAUGCUGGUCAUCCACAAAAUUUUGGUAAAGAUACAGUUUACUUUACUGUUGUUGAUAAAGACCGAAAUGCCUGUUCAUUUAUAAACAGUAAUUAUGAAGGAUUUGGGACAGGAAUAGUGCCAGAAGGUUGUGGGUUUACUCUUCAAAACAGGGGAGCAAAUUUUAGUCUGGAUCCAGAUCACCCAAAUGUUGCAGCACCAGGCAAAAGAACAUACCACACUAUUAUACCGGGAAUGCUGACUGAUUCAACAACAGGAGAAUUAUUGAUGAGUUUUGGUGUAAUGGGAGCUUUUAUGCAACCACAAGGUCACGUCCAAGUUUUAUUAAACUGUGUUGAAUUCAACAUGAAUCCACAAGAAGCUCUUGAUCACCCAAGAAUUAGAGUUUCACCAAAUGAUACUCCAGUUUAUUUUGAAGAAGGUAUUCCAGUUGAUACCUUGGAGAAACUUCGAAAAUUGGGGCACAAGUUGGAAGGCCCAAGUUGUGGGCUAGAUAGAUUUCCUUUCGGAAAAGGACAAGCAAUUGCCACAGGUCCAUUCUGGGAUGCAGAUGGUUUUGAUAAAGAGAACCUGGGGAAUGUUCUUUGGGCUGGUUCUGAUCCCAGAUGCGAUGGGGCAGCCUGUGGAUAUUAAAACUGCUUCAUAUGUAAAGUGCAAUAAUGUUAUUAACAUGGCUUUUCAUUUUAAAAAUCUUCUUAAUAUGUUCAAGUCACAAUUAUGUUGCAAUCGAAUAAAAUAAUGCUGAACUUUUAUACCACACCAUUA